UUUUUUUUUCAUUAAGAAUUCUUAUAAAGUGAAUGUGAUUUUGAUCUAUUUUGAAAAUACAUUGAAGAUUUUGAUCUUGAAACAUUGGAAAUAUUAGGAAUAGCUUUGUUUUCAUUUGCAAUGGCUAAAAGUUUAACAGCAAAAAUUGGACCUUCAAUUUUGAAUGCUAAUUUAGCACAAUUAUCUGAGGAAUCGCAACGUUUGUUAAAUAAUGGUGCAGAUUAUCUUCAUUUGGAUGUAAUGGAUGGUCAUUUCGUUCCUAACCUUACUUUUGGUCAUCCUCUUGUAAAAUGUCUUCGUAGUAAUAUAAAGGAUGCAUUUUUUGAAACACAUAUGAUGGUUUCUAAUCCGGAACAGUGGAUCGAACCGAUGGCCGAUGCUGGUGUGAAUCAAUAUACAUUUCACGUAGAACCAGUAAAAGAUGUUCCAUCAGUUUGUAGGAAAGUUAGAGAAGCAGAAAUGAAGGUAGGGGUAGCACUUAAGCCAGGUACGCCAGCAGAUGUAAUUGUUGAUUAUGUUGAUUUAGCUGAUAUGAUAUUAGUUAUGACAGUCGAACCAGGAUUUGGAGGACAAAAAUUUAUGGAGUCAAUGAUGCCAAAAGUAGCAUGGCUUAGAAAGAAUUAUCCUACUCUAGAUAUUGAAGUUGAUGGCGGAGUUGGUCCAGCUACUAUAGAAGCUUGCGCACAGGCUGGUGCAAAUAUGAUAGUAUCUGGAACAGCGGUAAUUGGUGCUACCGACCAGGCAAAAGUUAUAAGAGAUUUAAAACAUGCUGUUAAUUGUGUAUUGAAUAACUAAUAUGAUAUUAUGGACAAAUAUUGUCAACAUUUAAAGAAGGAAACAAUAGGAAAACCAAAUUUUAUUAAUAACAUUUUGUAAAUAUAUUUUAUAAACGACACUUUAAUGAAAUAAUGAAAA